AUGAAUGCCAAUUUGAUUUUUGCCAGCAUUAGCCAGCACACUACCAGAAACCUGCACUUCAGAUGUGUGACUAUCUCUAGCAACAAUGAAUUCACCUCUAAUUGCUCAUGAAAGCCAUCAGAUAAGAAUUUAGAUGUGAUACCUAUUCUCUGCUGCAUAAAGUUUAUAAUUGGAUUUCUAAUUAAUACUGUUGUGUUUAUGCUGCCUUGUUGUCAAAAGGGACAUAGAAAGGUUUCCAGAAUUUAUAUCUUCAACUUGGCUGUGGCUGACUUACUCCUCUUGUCUAUUCUUCCUCUCUGGGAAAUCUAUUAUUCUUACAAAUAUGCCUGGCCCUUUGGACUUGUGAUAUGAGUUUUCUGUUCUUUUCUGACCCUGAACGUGUUUGCAAGCAUUUUUUUUUACUACCUCCAUGAGUUGUAUCAAUCUGUCAUCUACUCCUUUCUGUAACAAAGAAGAAAUCCAUGGCAAGUAGCUCACAAAGUUUUCCUUGUUUGGUGUAUGGCCUAACUCUCUUCAUUUCCAAAGUUUUAUUUCCAAGAUGUCAAAAUCAUUGAAUACUUAGGAAUGAAUGCUUGCAUUAUGGCUUUCCCACUUGAGAAAUAUGUCCAAUGGUCUGCUGGGAUUGCCUUAAUGAAAAAUAUCCUUGGUUUUAGUAUUGCUUUAAUAUUCAUAGCAACAUGCUACUUUGGAAUCAGAAAAUACUUAUUAAAGACCAAUAGCUAUGGGAAGAACAGAAUAACCAGUGACCAAGUCCUGAAGAUGGUAGCUUCUUUUUUACUGGCAUUCAUCAUUUACUGGCUUCCCUUCCACAUCGUGACUUUCUUGGACGCUAUGGCUUGAAUGGCCAUCAUUGAUAGCUGUGACGUGAUAACAGUCAUUGAUUUGGUUCUUUCUUUUGCUAUCCUUCUGGAAUUCACCAACAGCUGCAUUAAUCCUUUUCUAUGUUUUUUUUGAAACCACUUCCAACAGAAGCUCCGAAGUAUGUUUAGGGUUCCAAUUACUUGUUUCCAAGGCAAGAAAGAAAAUAUGUCUCACAGAAAAGGUAAUUCUUUUUGA